GCUCGGAGAAUAAGCGACUCAGUUACAGGUACGAGGGCUGGUGGUGUUGCUCCUGGCAGCUUGUCGUACACAUUCUAAGUUCUCUGACAAAUUAAGCAGUUGAUCAUGGGUGCCAAUUUUAGAAAUUCUGAAUAUCGUGUGAGCACAGCAGCGUCAUUUGGUUUGGCUAUCCUGUGCUGCGUGUUAGUCUUUUCUGGGCUGCAGAUGUACAAGACCCAGUUGGGUGCAACAAGACUUAUGAGACUUGUUGCUGGAUAUGUUGCAUCCUGGCUCUUCGUCUUCACAUUAACAGCAUUGAGUAACUUGGAAAAUGUCAUGUUCGGAAAAGGAUUUCAAGCUCGUGUGAUUCCUGAAGUACUUCUGUGCAUGAUCCUUGCCUGCUCUGCUGCUGGUAUGGUCCAUAGAGUCUCUGUUACUGUAUGUUUGCUUUGUUCUCUGGUUGGCUUAUAUUACAUCAACAAGAUGGGCCAGGCAAGUACUACCCCAGUCGCACCUUCAGUGACAAGCUUCAAGAAGAAGAAAUAAAGGUUUAUGCUUAGUUCUUAGGAAGUAAUCACCAAGUCCUCACUUCGCCCAAGUUCAAAGUGAUAAUCCAAACAUUCAUAUUUUUGUAUAAUUCCAUUCCUUUAUUGUGUGGUUUACUGUUUUUGUGUGUUAAAACUAGGUGGUUUGGUAAAGAAAUAGUGAUUUAUACUUUAAGUUUUGCAAAUCCUCACAUGUAUUUUAUAGUUAUUAAUGUGAUUGUAGUACAGAGUGCAAUACAACACCCUUAAAUGAAAAGUGGAUUUAAAAAAGAAGAGUAUUUGUAAUAGAUUAUAAAAACUUGCAUUAUAUCAUGGCUGAAUCUAUGUAUAUCCUACUGACAUGUUCUGCCCAUUCAUUUUUUGGGGUUUAUUUACCCCAUUUAUUGACAUGGUUCUUAUUUUUUUCUCAUAAGAACUGGUAAUAGAAAUCCUUAGGUCUUUCUUCUCAAUGUUUGAUUGUGCUCAUUUUCGUUAAUUUACAAGUACUGUACCUGUAUAGUGAAUUCCUGGUUGUGUAGUAGAACAUUUGCAUUGUGUAGUACAAUACUCUAGGGGCAAAGUAACCAGCAUUGUAUCACAUUUUGUGACAUGGUUUUCCUAGUGUAAAGCUAAUAAAAAAUUUACAGUUGUGUU